CUCCUGCUACAAACCCUGUCUUGUUAGCCACAUUUCACUCAGUAUGAGUUGGACGGUGAAGAGCUUGGUGCUCCCCCUGGUGCUGCUGUGCAUGUGGCGGAUGCAAGAAGGAGCACAAGCCUGCACGUGCGGUCCUGUGCAUCCACAAACGGCCUUUUGCCAAGCAGACGUCGUCAUCAAGGCACAGGUGCUUGCAAGGAAGCUUGUCGGUGGAUUUGACAAACCCGUCAAGUAUGACCUCAAACAGAUCAAGAUGUUCAAGGGCCCUAACAGGGGUGUUGAUGCCAUCUACACUCCAGCCUCCUCUGCAGCCUGUGGUGUGACUCUGACCAAUGGUGUAGAAUAUCUUAUCUCAGGCAGACUGGCGCCCGAUGGGUCGCUGCACGGCACAGUGUGUGACUUCAUUGUGCCCUGGGACAGCCUGAGCGUCUCCCAAAAGACCAACCUGGUAGAGCACUAUAAAAAGGGCUGUGAUUGCCAGAUCACUCACUGCCACACCUUCCCGUGCAAGUUGAGCAGACCAGCCCAGUGCUUGUGGACAGACUUUCUGACAAACUUGGGCAACAGAGAGCAGGCCAGACAUUUUGCUUGUGUCAAGAGAAGUCAUGGCUCCUGUGCCUGGUACAGGGGGACCCUCUCCUCCAAAAAGGGCUACAUGGACACGAAAGGCCGUUAACAUGCUGAAGAUGUCCAGAUGACUAAUAAACCAUUUCUGAGAAAGCAAUGAGAUUUUUCUUUCUGAGGCUCGUUCGUCCAAAGUCGUGUCCAUGCAAGAGUCGGGUUUCCAACUACAGACCAAUUUGCGUGUGAGUCAUGGCGGAGGAUGUGAAGAAUUUGAGAAUAAUGGAAUGUCUUU